AAAAUCUCUUGGGCUUUGGGAAAACUAAAGAGCAGAGAGGUAGGUUUUGUUUUUUUGCUAACAUUUUUUUCUACAAUUUUUUUAGAAAAAAAGAAAAACAAAGAAUACUUCUAUUUUCCAAUAAGCAUUAUGUGGCUGUAUUUCCGGUUUGUUCUCUGAGCAGUUACCAGUAAGUACAAAGAGAGAGAGAGAGAGAGAGGAACAUUUAGUCUCUUCUUGGAUCUGUAGUGAGAUUCCUUUGUUCCUUUCUUUAAUCUCCUCCUCUUCUUCAUUCUCCUUCCUUUGGCUGUUUCUCUUCAUCUGCAACUCUUCUUCUUCCCAUUGGUUCUGUAACUUUUAAGGUUGCAUCAUUCUCGUCAUGGCUUUUAAUGGUGGUCACUGUUGAAAUGAUGGAGAAAGAAAAAGAAAGCUUUUAAAAGUCAUCACUGAGGCUAAAAGUUAGGCUUUUUUGGAGAUCAAUAAAAGGGAAGAGAGCACAAGGCAACACAGAAGAAAGCUUCUAAGCCAAAAAAAAGAAGAGAACUUUAUUUUCUUUGUUUUGUGGUUUGAAGAAAAUGGCUGCAAAGCUUCUGCAUUCAUUGGCAGAUGAUAGUGCAGAUCUGCAGAAGCAAAUUGGUUGUAUGAAUGGGAUUUUUCAGAUCUUUGACCGUCACCAUGUUCUCACUGGCCGAAGAAAGAGUCUUACUUUAGGUAAUGGAAAUGCAAAUAGCAUCAUUUCUGAGAGAGACUCUGUUGAUACAUUUUAUCAAGCAAAAGACACUUUUCAGGACGCAAACAAUGUUGGGAAUGUGAAAGAGAAGCAAAGGGUUUCAACAGAGUCAUCAAGGGUUUCUUUCUCAUCUUCUUGUUCCUCUUCCCCAUCAUCUCCUGAGUUGAAUACAAUACUUCAACCUGAAGCUUCUGCAUAUGACCAAGCCAAUUUUCCUGAAUCUCCUACAAGUGACCCUGAGAUGACAGAUGGGAAUGGGUUUUCACAGCUAGGAUUUGACCUCAGAGAUGUUGUGAGAGACUCUAUGUACAGAGACGCCAGAGGGCUUUCGCUCAAGACUCCUAUGACCAAAGAGGAAGCAGUCAGACGCAGCAGCAGAAGAGAAGAUUCUCCAAGGCCUUACGGUUUGAAGCAAUCCGCACCUGCUGAUCUCAACGAGUCCUUCCGGUUUCUAGCCAAGCUUAGAGAAACACCUCAACGUUAUAACGAGGCUGGAGCAAAGGGUGCACCACCUCGUUACUCUGUUGAUUCUCAUGACACGCUGAAAUCGAGACAGAAGCUGAAAGAGCUGCCUAGGCUUUCGCUGGAUAGUAGAGAACGAGUGGUGAGAUACUCCGUUGAUGAUCUUAAACCAGUUAAGCUUCCUGAGAGUUCAAGCAGCAGCAACAAGAAACGGCCUCCAAGUGUUGUUGCAAAGCUCAUGGGUUUGGAGACACUGCCUGGUUCUCCAGUGGGUAGAGACAUCCAUAAGCUUGGUCUAAACACUUUUGACGACAGCAACGAUCCAUUCUCGAGAUCUUUGAGGGAGAAAAACCUGAACCGUGCCAUCCGGUUCUCUCCUAGCUCACCGAGAAGCUUGGGGAAGGACCCGUCUUCUCCAAGAUGGAGAAACUCUGAUAUUGUCAUGAAGCCUCUAUCAAGCUCAAAGUUUCCCAUUGAGCCAGCUCCGUGGAAGCAAGCUGAGAGAAACAGAGGUCUGCAGAAGCAGCCUGUGAAAGCAGCAGCACCGCCUGAAGUGGUGCCUAAGUUUCCUCCUACCGUGUACAGCGAAAUGGAGAGGAGACUGAACGAUCUUGAGUUCAAAGAUUCAGGGAAAGAUCUAAGAGCUCUUAAACAAAUAUUAGAGGCUAUGCAAUCAAAGGCGUUCCUGGACACAGAGAAACAACCACAAUCCUCAAUCUUGGCAGCUCAAAGAGACUAUGAAAGAAAUCAAGAAAUGCCAUCAAGAACGAGAGUUCCUUCAUCUUCUCAGGUGUAUCAAUCUCCGAUUGUGAUAAUGAAACCUGCCAAACUUGUUGAAAAGGCUGGUAUCCCUGCGUCAUCCCUUAUUCCAAUCCACAGUCUAUCUGGUGGGCUUAAUAAGAUCCGUAGAGAGAAACCUGAUGAUAAUAAAGGAGCUUCAACAAGUAGUAGUAGUAAACGUGUGACAAAAGAGCGUAGUCCUGGAAAGGGAAGAGCUGAAUCAUCAUCAUCUCUCAGCUCUGUUGAUAAGAAAGCUCUGUCUUCUUCUUCAAAAAAGCCACGUCAGGUUUCCAAAGAAAGUAGUGCUUCAAAGAGUUCAGGCUCUGUAAGUCCAAGGUUGCAGCAGAAGAAGGCUGAGCAUGACAAACGCUCACGUCCACCUACUCCUCCGUCUGAUUCUACUAAAUCAAGGAAACCAUUGAACCGACAACUGGCUGAGUCUACUUCUCCUGGUGGCAGACGUAGUAGACCCAAGGCUCAGAAGAGUUUGCAGCAAAAUGAUGACCAAGCUAGUCAAGGUAGCAAUGAAUCUAGGACGUCUAGUCAUGACAUGUGUACUCCUUCUGAAGCAGAAGCCGCUACUGGUGCAGAACAAGCAUCUGUAAUCGAGGCAGCCAAAGCUGUAGUCUCUAACCUAAUGCAGAAUAAAUCUAGUCCAAGGUUUAGUGAAGAUGGAUCAUCAGCAAACCUAUCACUAGUUGCUUUGGAGCAUCCAAGUCCUAUUUCUGUUCUUGACACCUCAAUUUACAGAGAGAUGGAACCAUCUCCUGUGAAGACACAAGGUUAUGUUGUUGCUCAUGACUCUGGUGAUGAACAUUAUGAGGACCAGUGGAACCCAGCGUACAGUUUCUCUGAAACAACAUCAACCUUUUCCCCAGAGAUAAACCGGAAGAAGCUUCAAAACGUUGAGCACUUGGUUCAAAAGCUCAGACGUCUGAACUCUACCCAUGAUGAAGCCAACCAAGACUACAUUGCUUCCCUCUGUGAGACCUCAGUUCCCAACACCGAUCACAGAUACAUCUCCGAGAUUCUACUAGCCUCAGGUCUUCUGCUCCGAGAUUUUGGCUCAGGAUUAACAACGUUUCAGCUACACCCUUCAGGACAUCCGAUCAACCCGGAGCUGUUCUUUGUUCUUGAGCAGACUAAAGGAAGCAGCACAACACAUCUGCUACAGAAAGAAGAAAGCAAGGUUAUGAACAAGGAGAAGCUCAACCGCAAACUUGUGUUUGACACGGUUAAUGAGCUUCUUGUGGAGAAGCUAGCAUCGGUUGAAGCCACAACGAAUCCGUUGAUGAAGUCAUCUGCUAAGAAAACCAUGAGCGCUCAACAGCUACUGAAAGAGCUGUGUUCAGAUAUAGAAUCACUGCAAAGACAAGCCACGAAGAGAUCUGAAAACUUCUUGUUGGAGGAAGAAGAUGAUUUUCUGAAGAGUAUACUUGCGGAAGAUGUGAUGAUUCGGUCAGGGAACUGGGUGGACUUCAGUGGAGAGGUCUCAGGGUUGGUGCUGGAUGUGGAGAGGCUUGUUUUCAAGGAUUUGGUGAAUGAGAUCGUGCAUGCAGAAACUAGCCGUUUGCAAGCAAAGUCAGGAAGACGAAGAACGCUUUUUGCAGAACAGUAGCUAAGAUCUGUUUGAAGAAACACUAAUUAUAUAUAUACUCUAUUGUCUUUUUCUUUUGCCCUGCUGAUUCGCAUGUUCGGUUUUGGUUCUUCAGUACUAUUAUACAGCAGGAUGAUAAUAAUCAUAUGGUGUGUUAUGUAAUAACUGGAGUUCUUGAGAUGGUUAUUUGAAAUAACUGUAAAUCAGAGUAUAGAGUAAGAAACAAUGUUUUGGUA